GUACUUUAGCUUUAUAGAAGAGAAAAAUAUAUGUACAAGAGAUUACAAUUAUGCUAGUUAGGAGUCACAAGCCGGCCCUAACCGAGCCUCCACCCCACUCCCACACUCUACUCGACUACUCGGAUACUAGUUGUCCUCUAAACGCUCCUGCCAUGGCUCAUGUCCUCAAAUCAUCGAAGAUCGAGUCCACCUUAUCGCCCUAACAAAAACAUAAGAGACGGUCGUGGCGGCAACGCAGCAGAGAGGCGCCUGCGCGCGUCGCAGCAAAGGUGCCGCCGCUGUGCAGCAGCGACGACAGGAGAGGGCAGCGUGGGCGGUGUCGUCCCGUCCCGUCCCGCAAGCCAUUCCUCGCAUGUUACCCUCACGCCGUCAAUCGUCGUCACUCAUCAACUGGCCACAAAAGGGGAGCCGGCGGAGGCGAGCACGCGCACCGUGACUCGGCCGGAAUAGAAAACUCCACUCCCGAUCCCACCCCGCGGAUUCCCCGAGCCUCACUCCGCUCCGCCUCCCUUGCCCAAUUCCGCCGCUGUCUGCUCUCCAAGCCCGAAUGGCGGCGGAGGCCCGGGCCGAGGGCUCCGGGCCGCCCGCGCCCCCUCCGCUGCCCGUCCCCGAGAAGCGCCCGGCCCCGGCGGACGGCCGGGAAGAGGAGCGGCCCGGGACGAAGCGGCGCCGCGCGAGCGUCGCGGCGCUCGACGGCGUGCCCUGCGCCGCGGCCAAGGGUGGGGAUGGCGAGGCGGACGGGAACCGUGACGGCGGCUCGUCCUUCUCCUUCCAGCACGCGCGCGGCGGUUUCGUGGCGCUGGAGACGACGCCCAAGUUCGGGUCGUUCAACCCGCCGGUGGCCGCCGAGCAGGAGGCCCUCGACCCGGAAGAUUCCCCGGUUGCGAAGGAGGAGGAGGAUACGGCCACGGCCUCGGACACCGGAGCUGAGGACGGCAAAGACGGGAGCUCACAGUCAGUGGCGGCGGUGGGCGAUCAGGGCCGUCGCCAUCCGGGAAGGCAAACUGAAUCGGAACGAUGACUCCCUGGAUUUGAUUCGUUUCUUGUCCGCGACCCAGCUUAGAUUUCAAGGGCGUCAAUGUCGUUCUCUUCCUUCCUAGUAGAUCAUGUGAUAGUUUCAGUUGAAGGGAAUGUAUGUCAAAGCUUUGUUUUCUUAUGGAAUGGAAGAUUGGAAGUCAACGUUGAUUCCCUUCAAA